AUGGUCAAUGGGAGAAAAAAGAGAAACGAAUCCUUCAUCAAUCUUCCUCCACUAGACAAAGGUAAUCUUUGCGAUGAAGGAACACUUGCCGAAUUUGUCGUCAAGGCUACAAUAUCAGCCGAUCCAAUAUUGGAUGCCAACAAUUGUAUUGUUGUUGUCAUUUAUGAGGGAUUAUGUAAAUUAGCUUUCAUUAGACUCAAUAAAGACACAACAUGGACUUACCUUGAUCCAAGGUUGGAAUACAUUGGUCAAAGCUUGGAUAGGAUUGAAGAUGUUGUUCAUGUUAAAGAGAAGAUUUAUGCUGUUAAAGGAGGGGGUCAACUUUUUUCUUUUGAUAUUAUUACUCAAUCCAAGCAACUGGUUGCAGAGGGCAUGCGACAUGAUUUGGAGAAGGUAUAUCUUGUGGUUUUAAAUGAUAAAGAAUUAUGGAGGUUUUUUGCUUUUGGAGAUGUGGCUCGUGUGACGAAAAAAGUUAGAAUAUACGAAUUGGAUUUUGAUAAGCAUGAGUGGGUUGAGAAAGAAACCUUGGGUGAUAUCGCUCUUUUUUUGGGCGAUAACUUUUUAAUUUCUGUCUUGGCUUUGAAUUUUUUAGGAUGUCGGUCGAAUUGCAUUUACUUUAACCAUGAUCAUGAUCGUUAUUAUGGUUAUUUCACAAGCUGUUUGCAUCAUGAUUUUGGCGUGUAUGAUGUUAAAAGUCAGAGCUUUUCACAGCCUUACGCCCCAAAUAUUACGGCUAUUAUGAAGAUUUAUGCCCCAAAUAUUAUGGCUCUUAUGAAGACGACCAAGAAACCUCCAUAUUGGGUUGUGCCAACCUUUGAAUAG